CCGUGAUGCAUUCAAAUGUCACAAGUUAGCCCAUCUCCCCCAACCCCCGCCCCACCCCACCUCUUCGAGGUAAAUUCUGCGCCUGCGCACUGCAGCGCCUCCGACACCGCGUCUCCCAGGGAAGUCCACGCUCUUGUCAUUCACUUCUCAUCCAUUCAGUCAGCCUCCACCACACCGCUGACCACCAUCGUCCGCCGUCACGUCACCUCGCUCUCGCCUCGAGCAACUGACUACACGUCGCCCUUCUUCGGGGACGGGAAGAAGAACAGCGCACGGACACGAAGAACCAUGGCUGUGGUGAGGUUUUACGGCGGUGAGGUGAGGGGGCGAUGCCUCCAGCAAGCGGCCAAGCUCUACCCUCGGCUGUCUAUCGCCACAGAGCUUUGCUACAAUGUGGAGCUGAUGGCGGGAAGUGACAGUCUGAGUGCAGAACAGAAGGAGAUCCUCGUCUGGUUGUUUCAACCACCGCUGCAGGCAGAAACGCUCAGUGAGACACCCAAACUAAAAGAGGGAGACGGGGCUACACUGGUGGAGAUUGGACCCAGGCUGAACUUCUCUACUGCGUGGUCCACCAAUGCCGUGUCCAUCUGUCAGAGUGCCGGCCUCUCCAGCGUCACACGGGUAGAAUUGUCACGGCGAUUCCUUAUCAAGCUGAAGGACGAGGGCAACAUGGCCGACGUCCGAAAGGAUGUGGCAAAUCUGAUCGUCCUCCUCCAUGACAGUAUGACAGAGUGCAUCUACGAGCGUCCUGUUGCCUCCUUUGCCGUGGACGCCCAAGCGCAGCCCGUGUUUGAGGUCGACAUCCUGGGCGAUGGGCGAGCAGCGCUGGAGAAGGCCAACGACCAGCUGGGUCUGGCCUUUGACGACUGGGAUCUGGACUUGUACACGGCAAUGUUCCAGAGAAUCCAGAGGAACCCAACCAGCGUGGAAUGUUUCGACCUGGCUCAGUCCAACAGCGAGCACAGCCGCCACUGGUUUUUCCGGGGCCGUGUGUUCCUCGAUGGGGAGGAGCAGAAGGAGACGCUAUUCCGCCUCAUCAUGAAUACGCAGGAGCACAGUAAUGGCAACAAUGUCAUUAAGUUCUGUGACAACAGCAGUGGUAUUCAGGGCAUGGAGCUGGAGUGCCUCUACCCCAAAGAUACUUCACAAGCCAGUCCCUAUGAAACACGCCGGUCGCUGCGACAUGUCAUCUUCACCGCUGAGACGCACAACUUCCCAACAGGCGUGGCUCCAUUUAGCGGCGCCACCACAGGCACCGGGGGGCGCAUCCGAGAUGUCCAGAGUGCCGGGCGGGGAGGCCACGUCAUCGCUGGCACUGCCGGGUACUGCUUUGGCAAUCUACACAUACCAGGUUACGCGCUUCCCUGGGAGCAGGACUGCAAAGGGUGGGAAUACCCCACCAGCUUUGCCCAGCCAUUGCAGGUCGCCAUCGAGGCUAGCGACGGCGCCUCCGACUACGGCAACAAGUUUGGGGAGCCGGUUUUGUCGGGAUUCGCCCGUUCCUUUGGCAUGCGGCUGCCCAAUGGGGAGCGGCGAGAGUGGAUUAAGCCCAUCAUGUUCAGUGGAGGACUCGGUUGCAUUGAGGAUGCGCAUGUCAAGAAAGAGCAGCCAGAGAAAGGUAUGGAAGUGGUAAAGAUCGGCGGCCCGGUGUACCGAAUUGGCGUGGGAGGAGGAGCGGCUUCCUCUGUUCAAGUGCAAGGUGACAACUCCAGUGACAGAGACCUGGGCGCCGUGCAGCGAGGAGAUGCCGAAAUGGAGCAGAAGAUGAAUCGAGCGCUGAGGGCCUGCCUGGAGCGACGCGGCGGCAACCCCAUUUGCAGCAUCCAUGACCAGGGAGCGGGAGGGAACGGAAAUGUUCUGAAGGAGCUGAGCGAGCCUGCUGGUGCUAUCAUCUACUGCAGCCGAUUCAAGAAAGGCGACCCGACACUGAGCGUGCUAGAGUUGUGGGGGGCUGAAUAUCAGGAGAGCAAUGCCCUGCUGCUCCACCCGUCCGAUCGCGCCUUCCUGGAGAGGGUGUGCCAGCGGGAAAAAUGCCCUGUGGACUUUGUGGGGAACAUCACUGGUGACGGCAAGAUUGUGUUGGUGGACGACGAGGGCACGAGCGGCGAGCGAGUCGGCAACGGGCGCCAUCCUGUGGACCUGCAACUGGAAUGGGUGCUGGGCAAGAUGCCCCAGAAGGAGUUCAGGAUGGAGCGACUGAGCCCUGUGCUCCGGCCAUUGUUGCUUCCUGCUGGGUUGACGGUUAGAGACGCCCUGGAGAGAGUUUUACGCUUGCCCGCUGUGGCCUCCAAGCGCUACCUUACCAAUAAGGUGGACAGAUCCGUGACGGGAUUGGUGGCCCAGCAACAGUGUGUAGGCCCCCUUCACACGCCACUGGCAGAUGUGGCUGUGGUGGCCUUGUCACCGUUGGGCCUGGAGGGGGCAGCGACAGCCAUCGGCGAGCAGCCCGUCAAAGCGCUGGUGAAUGCGGCGGCGGGCGCUCGCAUGGCGGUUGGCGAAGCGCUCACAAACCUGAUGUUUGCAAGAGUCACCGCUCUAAAGGACGUAAAGUGUAGUGGGAACUGGAUGUGGGCUGCCAAGCUCCCUGGCGAGGGGGCCCUCCUUUGGGAGUCGUGCCGAGCUAUGUGCAAGGUGAUGGGUGAGCUGGGUGUGGCCAUUGACGGUGGCAAGGACUCGCUGAGUAUGGCCGCACGCGUGGGGAAGGAGACUGUCAAAGCUCCAGGAGCUCUGGUUAUCUCGGCUUAUGCCGUGUGUCCAGACAUCAGUGCCACGAUCACGCCUGAUCUUGAGGAUCCACAUGGCAAAGGCGUGCUGCUGUGGGUUCCUCUCAGCCCGGGCCGGCACCGUCUGGGAGGUUCGGCGCUAGCUCAGUGCUACGCUCAGCUGGGAGAUUGUUCUCCUGACAUGGAGCAGCCACAACUCCUGGCCGCCUGCUUCAACGCCACUCAGAUGCUAAUCAGUAAUCGUCUGCUGAGCGCAGGACACGACAUCAGCGACGGAGGUCUCAUUUCCUGCGUACUAGAGAUGGCAUUUGCUGGAAACCGUGGCGUGGACCUGGAUGUGCCGUCACUGGGAGCCCCGGGAGUCAUUGAGCUGCUCUUCGCCGAAGAGUUGGGUCUGCUUCUGGAGGUGUCCGAGCUCGAUGAAGAAGGCGUGCGUCGUCGAUUCCUUGACGCCGGCGUCGAGUGUCACCGCAUCGGCAGAACCAGCGGCUUCGGCCCCGAAGCCAUGGUGACGGUGCGCGUGGACGGACGAGAAGUGCUGAGGGAACGCUUGCCCGUCCUCCGGGCGUUGUGGGAGGAGACCAGCUUCCAGCUGGAGCGCCUGCAGGCCGACGAGCUCUGCGUUCAACAGGAAGAGGAGGGGCUUGCCAGGAGGACGCAGCCUACCUUUAAAGUGACCUUCGACCCGUCUGAGAUUCCCCUUUGCAAACAGCCUGCAGCGGCGAAGCCUCGCGUGGCUGUUUUGAGGGAGGAAGGAAGCAACGGCGAUCGAGAGAUGUCAACCUCUCUCCACAUGGCGGGAUUUGAGGUGUGGGACGUGACCAUGCAGGACCUGUGCUCCGCUGCCGUCACGCUGGAGCCGUUCCGGGCCGUCGUGUUCGUGGGAGGCUUCAGCUACGCCGACGUGCUGGGCUCGGCCAAAGGUUGGGCCGCCACUGUGGCCUAUAACGCCGCAGCCAAAGCCCAGUUUGACCGCUUCCGGCGAAGGGCCGACACGCUGAGUCUGGGCGUGUGCAAUGGCUGCCAACUGCUCGCGCUACUUGGCUGGGUGGGAGAGAGCCAAGAUGGCGGAGCUUCCGACGUGGUUCUGACCCACAACAAGUCGGGCAGAUUCGAGUCUCGCUUUGUAACCGUGGGGAUCCAGGCUUCGCCGUCUGUGUGGCUGGCUGGCAUGGAGGGCUCGGCUCUGGGAGUGUGGGUGGCUCACGGAGAAGGUUUGAUGCAGUUCCGUAACGCCCAGGUUCUGGAUGACAUCACCUCAGCUGGCCUGGCCCCGGUCCGUUACCUGGAUGACGACAGCCGGCCCACUGAGGAAUACCCCCUGAACCCCAACGGCUCGCCGCGGGGAGUGGCGGGGCUGUGCUCCAGGGACGGCAGGCACCUGGCCAUGAUGCCCCACCCGGAGCGAUGCACGCUGGGCUGGCAGUGGCCGUGGGCGCCCCGCAGCUUUAGGCCGCAGCUGGAGACGUCUCCCUGGCUGCGCAUGUUCCGCAACGCCGCUGCCUGGUGCAGCCAAUAGUGCUGAGAUCACCGUUUUUCUUCCCUUAAUGUUACUGCCGUACUUUUUUUUUGGGGGGGGGGGCGCCAUUAAAAAUGAGAUUUUGAUUUUGAAUCAUUAAACUACUCACAACAAUA